CUGAACGCACCACCGGAUCAGCGUUGUGUUUAGUGCUGGCUCCUCUCCGUCCUCCAUCAAAGCCCGGCUCCGUCUCCGCUGUACGGCGCAGGCCCGAAGUAGCGCAGCCGCUCUGAGUAGUUGUACUGUGGAUCUAGCUGUGUAGAGUAGGUGGAUGAUAAUGGAGGAACACACUGUGAACCCGGCAGAACACAUGACCACCAUCGAGGCGGGCGCCGUCAGCCAACAGGUACACGUGACCACCUUCACAGAUGCAUCUAUGAUGAGUGCAGAAGAAGACUCGACAUCCUCCCCAGACGACGACCCCUAUGAUGACACAGACAUCCUGAAUUCAGCUGGCACUGAUGAGGUCACCGCUCACCUUGCUGCUGCAGGUCCAGUAGGUAUGGCUGCUGCUGCUGCUGUUGCAACCGGUAAGAAAAGAAAAAGACCUCAUAUCUUUGAGUCAAAUCCUUCCAUUCGUAAAAGGCAGCAAACUCGUCUGCUCAGGAAACUGCGGGCCACGCUGGACGAGUACACCACCAGAGUGGGCCAACAGGCCAUAGUGCUGUGUGUCUCUCCCUCCAAACCAAAUCCGGUGUUUAAAGUCUUUGGUGCUGCUCCUCUGGAGAAUGUAGUGAGUGGCUACAUUCCAUCAAAGCCUAUUCCAGUCAAACUUAAGAUUCCAGUAAGAAAAUAUAAGAGCAUGAUGUUGGAGGACCUGGAAAACGCCCUGGCUGAGCAUGCACCUGCUGGUGGAGAGCUGGCCUCAGAACUGCCACCACUCACCAUUGACGGCAUUCCAGUGUCUGUGGAUAAGAUGACCCAGGCUCAGCUGCGAGCCUUCAUCCCAGAGAUGCUGAAGUACUCCACGGGCAGAGGGAAACCUGGCUGGGGGAAGGAGAGCUGCAAGCCGGUGUGGUGGCCUGAGGACAUCCCCUGGGCUAAUGUUCGCAGCGAUGUCCGCACAGAGGAGCAGAAACAAAGAGUGUCGUGGACGCAGGCACUGCGAACCAUAGUGAAGAACUGCUACAAGCAGCACGGCCGUGAGGAUCUGUUGUAUGCGUUUGAGGACCACCAGGUAACGACUGUGACCACCACCCAACACCACCAGAUCACAGCCCAGAGCAUCGCUCACCUCGUGCCCUCACAGACUGUCGUACAGACCGUCAACAAUCCUGACGGAACCGUCUCGCUCAUUCAGGUUGGCACAGGACACACAGUUGCAACGCUGGCAGAUGCUUCAGAACUGCCUGGUGUUACGGUGGCACAGGUUAACUACUCAACUGUUACUGAUGGGGAGCUACAUUUUUCUAAGGUGGAACAGAACUGGGCUACACUUCAGGGUGGGGAAAUGACAAUCCAAACAACUCAAGCGUCAGAGGCAACGCAGGCGGUAGCAUCACUGGCUGAAGCUGCGGUUGCUGCUAGUCAGGAGAUCCAGUCUGGAGCUACAGUCACAAUGGCUCUCAACAGUGAGGCAGCAGCCCACGCUGUUGCGACAUUGGCCGAGGCCACUCUUCAAGGAGGGGGGCAGAUUGUCCUGGCAGAGACGGCAGCCGCUGUAGGGGCUCUUGCAGGGGUCCAAGAUGCUACAGGACUGGUCCAGAUCCCGGUCAGCAUGUACCAGACUGUAGUGACCAGCCUCGCCCAAGGCAACCGUCCUGUUCAGGUUGCAAUGGCGCCCGUGGCCACACGCAUAGACAACACGGUCACACUGGAUGGCCAGGCGGUGGAGGUUGUGACCUUGGAGCAGUGACACUAUGGACUUUGGAAGGAGUAGAAAGCACUGAACAGCCAUCUUGGAGAUUUGUUUCUCUCCUGUUUUUCAAGACAACACAUUGUGUACAAUGUUGAAUAUAUUUUUAAAUCUACCACUGCAGGGGAAGUAAAAGUAAUUAUCAAUGCAUUGUGUUUACUAUGUAAAGAUAUUGCUUUCGUUGUUGAAUUUCAUUUAUCUUCGUAUUUUUUAAGCUCUGUGAAGUUGAGUGUUUAGUAUUUAUUUCUGUAAAAUUAUCCCUCACUUUAAACCAAGACAAACCAAAAAACCCUGGAAGGAAAGCCACCACAAUAUCAUUGCAGUCCAUUUUGGGCAUGAUGUGUACGUACUAUAUAAAGCUAUUCAAUUAUUUUGUUUAAAAUAUGGUGCCACAAUCAGCAGUCACUCCCUUCUGUUUCUCAUAUUCCCCAUCACUGCUGCAAACCCCGCAGCUCCCAUAUAAUUUUCCCACAUUAGAGCAGAAAUUAAAUUAAAUUACAAUAUC